GCGACGUUGGCAACGACUGAGACCGGUCGGACGUCCAUUCAGCGAGUCUGUGACCCUGGCCGAUAGAUGGCACUGCUGCAGCCUCAGCCGUAUAAAGCCGGCGUGUGGUGAUCCACUCUGCACUCACUGAACACUGCACAGUCAGCCACUUCAAACAAUCACCAGACAUGAACACUAUCAUCGUUGCCUGCCUUGUGGCUGUGGCCGCGGCCGCUCCCCAAACAAACUACCAGCCCAACCAGUACUCGGGCAACCCCCAGCCGCUGAUCAACAUUCUUAGCCAGAGCUUCGAGCAGGACCCCAACACCGGCAACUACAAGCACAGCUAUCAGCAGGACAACGGACAGGCCGCUGCCGAGGAGGGUAGCGUGUACCCGGACUCGCAGCCGGAGACGGGCAGCAUCACCCAGCAGGGCAACUUCCAGUUUGUCGGUGACGACGGCAACACCUACCAGAUCUCGUACGUGGCCAGCGAGGGUGGUUUCCAGCCGCGAGGUGCCCACCUGCCCGUGGCGCCGGCUCAGAUUCCCGAGUAUGCCCAGCUGCGUCAGGAGCACCCGGAGCUCUUCUGGGCCGAGGGACAGCAGCCGCAGCAGCCCACCUACGUCUAAUGACGCAAAAUGUGUCUAGAUAAUUGUUUUGUGAUGUGAAAUAUAUGAAGGGGUAAGG